AUGGAGAAACGAAACAACUUGAACGUCUACAAGGGGCCAGAAGCACUAAAGGAUUACUUCAAUCCAGAUGUUGCACCUCCACUGCCCUUGGUCGAGUUACCAGAGGUCCUGAACCCCUACAAACAAGACGGUGUUCACAUCUAUGCCAAGAUGAUGACGAUGCAUCCCGCAAACAAUGUAAAAGCCAUGCCAGCGCUUAAUCUUUUACAAAACCAUCAGGACUGUGACAAGACCAAGACAGUCGUCGAGUAUAGUUCUGGCUCAACUGUCAUUUCCAUGAGUCUGGUGUCCAAGGUUCUACCAGGGUUUGGUGAUGUGCACGCAUAUCUCAGCAACAAGACAACGGCGGCCAAAAUCAAACUCAUGCAAUUCUUUGGGCUGAACAUUACUCUAUUUGGAGGACCUUCUCAGCCUGAACCAUUGGACGAGCGCGGCGGUAUCAUGGCUGCACGCCGAUGGGCACAGCAGGAUGAUACAGUCAUCAACCCAAACCAGUACGAAAAUGAAGACAAUUGGAAAGCGCAUGUUCGAUGGACAGGUCCUCAGAUAUAUGAGCAGCUCCCCGAGAUAAAUGUCAUCUGUGCCGGCAUGGGGACUUCUGGUACAAUGAGUGGCCUGGGAACUUACUUUAAAGAAAAGAAACCAUCCGUGUUUCGUCUGGGCGUUUGCACAGCCGCUGGAGAUAGAGUCCCCGGCCCGCGAUCCCUAGCUCUGUUGGGACCUGUCGAGUUUCCUUGGAAAUCGGCUGUCGACAAGGUCGAAGAAGUGGGCUCUCACGACUCGUAUUAUCUAUCUCUUCAGCUUUGUCGUCACGGAAUCGUCAGUGGUCCAUCUUCUGGAUUCAAUCUGAAAGGUCUGUACCAAUUCAUUGACGACAGAAAAGCCGCCGGGACACUCUCGGAUUUGGCGGGAGAAGAUGGUCAGAUUCACUGUGUCUCCCUCUGCUGUGAUCUUCCAUACCAGUAUAUCAACGAAUACUUUGACAAGCUUGGCCCUGAACACUUUCCUAGCGUUCAAAACGCUGAACUGUCUGAUGUAGAUCUGUUUCGCUACGACGAAGCAUGGGAGAGGGAAGCUCUUUCUGUUCUAGGCGAUUUUUACCGACUCGACAAGACCAUAGCCAAGGACGUCUUGUUGCUCGCAACGAAGAAAUGCCACACGGACCGCCUCGGCUGGGAAGAGCUUGUUCCUCCACUUCAAGGCACAGUGAUUAUUGAUUUAAGACAACCCGAAGAUUACAAUCUGUUCAGUCUCCCAGGGUCGAUCAACAUCCCGACUGUGAAAAUGGGAUGUGACAGGCCAUUCUCAGAUGCGUCCACUCUUGUUUCUCUUUGGCGCAACUUGAUGUCCAAAGUAAACUCGGACGCUAGCGAGAUCAACAUGGGAAUUCAAGGUAAGCGUUCCUUGUUCAUUUGCUACAAUGGAGAUGCUGCUCGAGUGGCAACAAGCGUCUGUCGAGCGAAUGGCCAUAGCGCUGAUAGUCUACGUGGUGGUACUGAGGCGCUAUAUAAAUUGACCGUGUAA